CUCAUUUUUUCGAGGAGCACCUACCGCAUUCCGAACAGCGGCACAGAAACAUGACCGUUCCCGUGCGGUCGUAGCAGAGAAAGCUCAGAUGUUGCGGUUCCGCGCUUCAUCGGAGCUUCGCGGGACCCUGCGCAUGCACCGGGUGGAGUUCAACCCAGUCCGCGCGCAGUGUGGCGGGGCGACUUUGUCGUGAACGACGGACUGCGGUCCAAGGCGGCUACUACCACGCACGAAAACCGCGUCCCGCUCACGAUAGUGCGAGUGCCCUGUGUUAGUUACCACUCGCCGGUGGAGUAAGGACCUCCGCACGUCGGGCUCUGCUCCUCCUAGUUUCUGACCAAUAACUACUCCUGCACCUCCAAAAACCCCUCACCAUGGUGGGGCAAACGAAACGCGCCCGCGGGGAGGCGAUCACGGUGCUCGAUGAGCUUGUUUUCGAAGAGGAGUUUGGGAUGGACUGGCGGAGCGGACGGGCCCGCAACAUCGAUUUUUCCUCCAAGAAAUACAACCUGGAGUCGCUGCGUGCGGGGCACGGCGGGGGACUGCUGAACAAGGACUUGAAAAAGUUCGCCUUCGUGCUCGCGGACUUUAGUUACAACAAUCUCUCGGAGAUCGACUGCGUCAGCGAGCAGAACGGCUUCCAGAACCUGCUGAUCCUCAAGGCCCGCCACAACUGCCUGAUCCAGGUCAAUCUGCAGCUGUCCACGCUGAAAGAGCUCAACCUGGCGUACAACGAGUUGGUCUCCCUCCCGAGCCUGAUGGGGGUGCCGAACCUGGAGGUGCUGAUUCUGGCGCACAACCGCAUUGACGGCAAGUUCGACACGAUCUCGGCGCAGUGUAAAAGGCUGAAAAGAUUGGACUUGUCGUCCAACCAGAUCCAGCUGAACCCCACCCUGUUGCAAGCGGGAAUCCUGUCCCUCCGUCGCCUGCCGAACCUGGUGACGCUGAAAAUCAAGGAGAACCCCUUCUGCACCGUGUUCCCCGAGUACCAGGUGUACAUGCUCAAAGCCCUCGGCCAUAUGGGGUUCUCAAGCGUUACAUUCUCAUACUGCUACACGAUUUGUCAUGCAAAACCACUUUCAACAUCGCCACGAUCAAGCUACUUCGCAUGACAAAUUCUCGACGCGCUAAAUAGCACUAGUAGAACUCGCGCCGAAUCUGUAAUGCAAGACGCGCAACAAGGUUCUGUUCUCCGUCGCACCCGUGCUAUUCUUGCAUGACAAAUCCAUGUUCUGCUUGCGGCGACGGUGCAAAGGUUUUUGAUGUGGUGCAGUCGGGUAUGCAUGACAAAUCCAUGUAACAGUUGAGAAUGCAACGGUUGAGAACGCCAUAGGCCAACUCGCCGCGUUGGAUGAUGUCAAAAUCUCCCCGGAAACGAGGCAGGAGAUUAACAGCACGCCUUUGCUCUCGAUGGACCGGUUCGACGAAAUUUACGACGACCGCGUAAAGAAGCAGCGCCAGGAGGAGGCAGCGAAGAAGGGCGACUCCUUACUGCUCGAGUUCCCCUGCUUGAUGUCUUUGAUCAAUUUGUUCCGGGAAAUCGUCCAGCACGCCGACAAGGCGCAGCGGUGCGCGGACCAGGCGUUGCUGCAGUGCGUCGCACUGACAGACGACUUGGAAGCGUACGGCGGGAAGUCGUUUUUCAGCGAAAUCGCGCAAGUGCCGGAGUCUAUUGAAACGUUUCUCCAGCUCGCAAACCUCUUGCUAGAAAGGCACGACACGAUCCGGUCUCACGUGAUCCAGAUACUCGCCCGCUGUAGUCUGGUGACGACCAGGAGAUUUGGGAAGAAGUGCGUGGAGGCGCUGGCAAACUGCAUGAAGUCUGAUAGCACGAUGCACGACGACUGCGCGGCGGCGAUCGAGAACAUCAUUAUCCCGAACAUCACCGUGGAAUCGACGAUGCUUCACGAGGCCAUCGCCAAACUUGCGUACGACAUUCCAAUCGUCGCGGAAAAAUCACUGUCACCGCUCGUCACCGACCUCGGCGCCUGGUUUAUCGAGGACCCCGGGAACGAGCCGAUUAUCGAAAUGCUCGACGCCUGCACGCGGUACCGGGAGAACGCACAGACCGUCCUGCGGGCCCACGGUUUGCUGUUUUGGAUUUUGUUCUAAGUACAUGAUCGAUAUGACAAAGAGUAAUAAGUAGCGAUUAGCACAAUUUCAAUUUCUAUCGCGCUAGUAAUUGACGCUCAUUCGCCCUUCGGUUCCGCGCCGGGGAAAGGUGGAUGUAUCUAUGAUCAAUUUUUUUACCUCUCAACCGGGCAUACAUGAUUGACAAACCAAUUACUACGUACCAAGCACUUACAACUAUCCCAGGCAAAGCCCUCCACAAGCAAAUGGUGACCGCUCUGGACAACAAAUCCCUGUUCGGUGACCUCACCAAGCGCCGCAUGUGGAUGGGAACGGUGCGGUUUGCGCGAAACUGCAUCGACAACGAGGCCGACGAUGAUAUCUAUUUCGUGAAGGUUUUCCGCAGCACGCGGGGCAGGAUACCCCUCACCGUGGAGGAGAGAAAAAAACUCUUGGAGGAAGCCGAAGAACUACACGAUGACGGGGGCGGCGCAGGCGGCGGUGGCAGCGGGCAGAAGGCGCGCGGCCUCGGGGAAACGUUGCAGUACUUCAAGUCCGUUUCGUUGCAUGUGAAGCUCAUCGCCCGGUACCGGGACUCCAAGGGCGCGGACGGCGACAUUGCGACCAUGCCCGGGGUGGACUGCAAAACGGCGGCGGAAAUUUUGAAAUUUUUGACCACCGUGAUGCGGAAAGACGUGAAGAUUUUGAUCGACUGCGCCACGAGUUACCACGUGGUGAAGGAGUUGUGCGAGAUCAUCCGCAUCCAGAUCGCGGAUCCCUACAUGCUGACGGAAGCCUGCAACAUGCUCACACUGAUCCUGUACCACAACGCCGUCCGCAUGGACUACAUUCGGUACGUCGCGGAGAGUCUGUCGAACGUGACGCCCUUGCUGCAGUAUCUCGGCGGAAAAAAGUACAACCAAAUGUACGCGCGAAUCGAAAAAUACCGGCUGGAAGCGAUGGGUAUAAUGGGUUGCUGGUGCCAGCUCCUGAUGAUGAUUUUGACCUUAUUCGGUUUCAGGUACUAUGUAUAUCAUGUCAAUUUUUGUUCCGCCCGCACAAUAGCAGCGUUCUUCUUCUUGAUGCUUGUUGAGCCAAACAAAAAAAGCUUCGCUGAAAAACAACCGACAUCAACAGCGUCCUCCGGUUCCGGCGGCGACUCUUCCGCCGACCCGUACGGCGGCAAGCUGACCAAGGGCCCGGUGAUGGCCUCGCUCACCAGUGAGCUGAUGCACUCGGUGUUCAUCGCCAUUGUGCAACUGGUCGAGUUUUUCUGCACCUCGCCGCGGGACGACUACGGGAACUUGGAUAGCACCUCGGAGAUGAUUGCGCAGUGCUUCGAUCGCGCGCAGCGCGAGACAGUAUUGAUGUCCCUGCUCGAGGUCCCUAGUGACGAGCUGCGCAUCUCGGUGAUGAAGUGCAUCUCCAAAGUCCCGCUCUCCCAGCUGGAUCUGGACGAAACUGGGAAACUGAUCAAGGUGAUGAGCGACACGCGGGUGGUCGGGGUGGGGCGCACGGAGUACGUGCUCUCCAUGGUGAUUUCCAUGCUGCGGAUCAUCACCUGCGCCACGCCCGAGAACAGCGAGCCCGACGAUGCGGUGGUGGGCGAGGCGUUUCGGGACCACCAGGCCGAGCUGGCCGUGGCGGAAGUGUUUGACACCCUUUACCGGAACUCGGUCCGGGAUACCUUUGGGUCGGAAGACGAAGAAGACGAGAAGUUGCAACUCUCCUCCCACUGCUUGUCUUUUCUCGUCGAGGCGUCGCAAUUUUCCUCGAUGCGGAAGUUCUUCCGCACGAAGGAGGCGGAGUCGCUGUUCCUGCACGUGCUGAAGAACGAGGAGGCCUUCCACGCAGGCCCGCGCCAAGACGUGUGUCUGGAGCAGACGUGGUGCGGGCGCAGCUUGGAGUUCCUCCUGAACGCGGUAUCCGGGCAGAAGGGCAUCCAGCUCGAUACGCAAAAAAAGCAGUGCUUCCGCGUGGUCGCGCGAAUCGCGGACGUGUUAGAGGGCCGGUCCGACGCGCUACGCACGAUCAGCGACCCCGAGACGCCGGGCAUCUCGUACGUGACCUUGGCGAGAAGGGAAGCGCGCAUGUGGGGGAUGGAGGAGGGACAGCAUCUCCCCUUUCUGGACGCCGACGAGUGGAUCGACCGCGCCGCUUCCGCGGAGGCCUUCGUGGACGCCGGGGGGAUUGACGUGUUGUUGCAGCUCCUGUCCGACCCCGGCGUGACAGAGCGGGAGAAGUACUACCGACAGCUGGAGUCCGAGGCGAGCACGUUCAAGCAGGAAGUCUACGCCUACAGCAAAACGCAGGAGGAGGAGCUCGCGCGGGCGAUCGCAUUAUCAAAUGCAAAAAGGUCUGGGUCUGGAAGAAUGCAACUUGUGAUGUUGCGUCUGCAUUAUCCAAAAAUCUGUAUUGCAUGAACAGCAAAAGAGGUCUGGUUUGGGUCACGGCGAGAGGGCAUUUCCCAUGCAGUGUAGGCAUCAGAAAGCCCUCACAAGAUCUGUGAUACUAGGGCAUGCAUCGCAGACAUCAGGAGUCGUGCAAAAUGUGCAUGAGAAGAGUAGCCGGAGUUGGAUUGGCUUUUUGCCUUUUCAUUUGUGAAUUCGAGGGCAGUGGUUGGCAGAGGUUGUGCGGGAUAUUCAGUUUUGUUAUCCCGGGACAUUUGUGUUCCUUACCCACUUCCUCAUUUCCUGGUUGACCAGUUGGUAUGGUCGACUAUAGGUGCCACCCUCGUUUCUCACCUCCAGGGGCCCUGGGUUCACCUCACCAUUGAUGUUUCACUUGGUGGAAGAUGACAGGGUUCUUAGAGCUAUUAUGGGUGUCUAUUGUCUAUUGCAAAAUGUGCAUGACAAACCUUGCAUCCUUCCAGACCCAGACAUUUUUGUAUUUGAUACGCACUACGGUCCGCCAACGAGGAACCGACGCAGCUGUACUACACCCCGGACGAUUUGGGACAGAAUUUAGAGGAGGGCGCGACCGCGUCCGCCGGGCGGAAAAGCCUCAUGACGGCGUUGAUGGCGAUUGAAGACCACCAUUUGGCGGACGAGUAUCGAAUUCAAUGGCAUGGCUGGGUCUGGAUGAAUGCAGCAGAGGUUUGCCAUGCAGUGUGUCGUGAAUCUGCGAGAUGGUCUGGUAAUCUGCGCGACACAGAGCAUGAACAAGCUCUAUCGUUGUAACUUCUUCAGGAUGCCUAGUUGUAGUGUGCCGGACGAGUUUGUUGACUAUGCAAGACAGAGUGUUUUGCAAGACAGAGUCUAUUCUCCCAUAGUAUCCAGAAUCAGCAUCACAACUACCGUGCAUUUGUUCGCCAGACCUAGACGUACAUGUUUGCAUUGCAUAUUGAAGACGCCAGUGCGAUGUUCGUAUUCCACCCUGAGGAGUUUGUUUGCAACGAGCAUUUCUUCCAGGACGACACGUGGAAAGUAAACCGCAGCUACCUCGUCGCCGCGGUUUUGCGCUGUCUCUACAUGUUGGCGGUCGUGCCUGUUACAGACAAGCUCAGGUACUUAACAGGGUGCUGGCAUGAUAAGAGAAAAAGUUUUUCACAUGAGCUCGCCAUCGCCUGGUAACAACGUUUCAAUAUGAAUCAAAUUGAUUGAUGAUCAUGCACGACAACAGAUGAAGGACCACAGUCGGAUACAUAUGACCGAAGCGGAUAAAAAUUGUUUGUCAAAAACACUCACAGGUUCAACGUGUAUGCGCAGCUUCGCAGCCUCGACACCAUGCGACGCCUGCUCGCGAUUCUCGAUUCUGUCCCAGUGCUUCCCUGCAACUGCUGUGCCAAGCUGCUUCGCAUCAUCGCUCGGGUCUUGACCGCGGUAAACGAGGCGAAGACCGAAAACUUCAAGGCCGUCGCGCUGCCGGGAGAAAACAGCAAAGAGGACGACCAGCUGAUCCUGUUCGAUCUGGUGUGCCACUUCCUGAAGCGGCUCGGAGGGAAUAUGCUGCACCUGCUAAGGUCCACCCGCAGCAAGUUCCUGUCUGAGAACGAGCAGGCGCUGUGCUCGGAGUUAGCCUCCGCCGUCGCGGUAAUCACCACGAACGUGCCCUACAUCAAGUUCUCCACGAUCCCCAUGGUGCAGAACAACUUCAUCGAAAAGUGCAUUGAGCGGGUGCUGCCCCCCGUGAUGAUCCGCGUUGCGGUGUCCAUGGUGCUGUACGACCUGCAGUCCACCGUGCACGCGGUGUUCGCGUCGCUGCUGAACGGGAAGAAGAAGCACAACCACGAAGUUUUACUGCACCGGGUGCUCCACCACGAGGACUACAACCUGCUCCGGCGCAUGGCGACCCGCGUCUUGUCGGAGCACAUUGCGCGCACGCCGAACGCGAAAUACAGCAUUCUGGAGGCGUUUGUCUCCGCCGAGGUGUUUGCGAACCAGUCUGUGCGGGCGACGUACCUGAAGGACCUCCUCACGUCGGUCAACAUGGGGGUCUACCGGCUCUUCCUGGAGCGCAACAUGUUUCCGCAGGAGCGAAUCUACGCACUGUGUCCGGUGUACUUCGAAGAAACGGGGACGUCCGUCGGGCUGCUGUGCUUGACCAACGUGGCGAUUUACGCCCUGCGCAUCGCGGAAGGUCUGCCCGCCUACCACACGGCCAACCUCGGCACCGAGUGGACGCCCGCGUGGGAGCUGCGGGCCCCGCGGGUGACGACGGUGAUCUGGCAGAAGCCCUACUACAGCGUGGUGCGCAUCUGGACCGGGCCGGGGGAGCAGUACUUCGGGAUCGGGUGGCGGGGGGACCUCGCGCCCCGGCUCGCCGACCGCCCCUUCACCGUCGUGAAGUCGCAGGAAGUGCACAAAACGAGUACGCCCGCGCCCCGUACGCAGCCGGGGAGCGGCACGGUCUGCAUCUGCAAAAACGCCGGCGACCGCUCCGAGUUCGUGAACGCAAUCCAGCAGCUCAGUGGCCCCGAGGCGCGAAGGCAGGCUCUGGUGUUGAAGCACCCGCAGCUCAUGGCGGAGGUACACGCCAAGGCGCUGGCGGCAAAUAACGGUGGUGCAGCAGCUUCUAGUAGUAACUCCGGCACUUCUAUGAAAUGUAAAAAUGUCUGGGUCUGGAAGAAUGGAAGGUCUGUCAUGCUCUGCCAGCAUGACCCCGAAGUCUGUCAUGCGCGUUACCCAAGAGCUGCACUUUUCUGUCAUGCAGAAGCGCAGUUUGUCAUGCAGAAUAGGCAACACCUAGGAGCUCAGAAACUUGUCAUGCUGAGCCAGCAUCUGUAGCCUCAUCAUGAGACGCCACCCAGCAUCACAAGUUUCCAGACCCAGACACUUUUACAUUUGAUAACUUCAUCUUUCGACGAAGAGAGCGCACCGGUGCUGUGUUUCUCGUUCGCGGAGCGAGAAGUGAAGCCGGGGGCGUACUAUGGCGUUCUCAAACGUUACAUUCUCAAGUGUUUACAGGAAUAGAAUUUGCAAUGCCAAAACAGCAACAGUCAAGGGGGCAAGCUUGCUGCUUUCGCAUCACAGAUUUGGCACAGAUUUCGACUCUGUUUAGCACUUCGGAGACUUGUCAUGCGGAGUAGCUUGAUCCUCUGGCGGCAUAAGGUAGCUUCGCAUGACAAAUUCAUGGAAACAGUUGCGAGUGUACCGUUUGAGAGUCCCAUACGUACCGGCAGUCAUUUUUCCUCCUCACGGAGUCAGUCCUGAAGGAGUACAGCUUCAACUGGAAGAAGUUCCAGGUACCAACCGCGGAGGAGCAAGAUGCGCAGCCGGAAGACGUGCUGAGCAGCAAUUUGCAAAGGACGCUGCUGUAUGCAUCACAAAGAAAGUAUCGUGCUCGUACGAAUGGCGGCUAUGCAGGACAAAUCUAGUUCUAGUCUCCUACCUGACUCAGCAUUACAAAUUCCAAUUUUCUUCUUGACAAUAAAAUUUGUCAUGCAAUUCAUACGAGUGGGAUACUUUUCCAAUGCAUAUGCUGCAGCAGACGUCGGACGACGAGGACGAAGACGAGUUUGUGAAACAGCGGCGGGAGCGGCUGGUACGAACGUACCCACACAAGAUCAAGUCGCACCGCGCGCGCAUGCACGACCACGAGGAGUCGCCGCGACGAAAUAGGCUUUCCCCCAAAGACGGCAAUACGGCAUCGGAACUGCUUAUGGAAGCGUCAGGUUUGAAAUCGACAAAGUUCAAAUAAUUUGUCAUGCAUAAAAUGGAAGCCAGUUGGAAUCCCAAUUUUGAAGCAGUGCAUGACAAAUUCGGGUGGAACCGAAAUCCAGUUUGUCAUGCUGUUUGCGUAAGGAAGACGCCUUCCGGCAUGCUACUUUAGCGGCUCAGUUUCUACUCCUCAGCAGGCUUACAAUCUGCCUCACUUGCCGACUCAGCAAGACAGGCACUUUGUGGGCUGCAUUUUAUGCAUGACCUGGUGGCCGAACCACGUGCGGUUCGGUGCCCUUACAGGUUGUGUAGUGGUUUCGGUCGGUUUAGCAUGACAAAUUAUUUCAGCUUUGUCGAUUUCAACUCUGACACAUCCAUACUGCUCGCGGAAGUGGACUCGUUUCCGCUGGAAGGAUAUGAACUGCAAAUAUGUCUGGGUCUGGAAGGUUGGAACUUGUCAUGCUGAGUCUGGAUCAUGCAAAAACUUGUGUUGCGUGAUUCUGAUUACCAAAAGCUGUCCACUAUCAACCAGGUUGGGAGGGAGUUUCUCAUGCAGGAUAGAAAUGACAAAGUCAAAGACCUCCCAAAGUCUGCCAUGCUAGGUCCCGCAUUCCAGACCUCAUGGGCAUGGAAAACCUGCAUGACAAGUGUACACUCUUCCAGACUCAGACAUUUUUGCAUUUGAUAAAGGAUUGGCGGAAGUGGAAUUUGCGGCCGAGGAAAAGUGCACGCUGCGCCUAAAUCUCGGCGGAACCAACGUGGUCAUCCUGUUCGCGGACGACCUGGCACGCGAGGCGUGGCGGGAAGCCCUGAACUUCGUCUUACGCGAAACGGCGACUGACAAAGCGCUGGGGUGAGAAAUCACGUGGCAGAUCGUGUUUUAUUCCAAAAGCGUGGCCCAGAGUUUACUUUAGGGGCUAAUGCUUCUGGUUUUGGUUUUGCCGCGUUCAGAUUUUUUUUGAAAUCAUAAUUAAUUUUUGCACAUGCAGUUUUUUGCCGCCGCAAAAAAUUGCAAUCGGUGGGGCGGUUGAGACGAGGAUACGGCAUUCAUUACGAGCAGAUCCGUUUUCUUUUCCCCAGUUUUUUACGUCUUUAGUACAAACCGGUGAAGCUGAAGGCUUCGACGCGUUGAGCGUUAAUAGAAAAUCUUCAUACUUAAUUAGCAUUCAACAACAGGAGGAGAUGAACUUUUCAUCCAGAUAAGAUAGCAACUUGUACAUGUGUUUGGAAGGAAGGAAUUUUGCAGAAUCCGAGCUGGUUGUUCCACUACAGAUUUGUUUCUGUGGCUCGGAAAAAGCGCUGGAGUUGGUGUAGAAAGAUGAAUUAAAAUUAUCACAAUUUCACGAAGCUCUGUAAAAACAACAUGUG